AUGGAUUUUGACAGCCAUUUAGAAGUUCCUAGAAAAAUCCCUUUUUUUGAAAAACUGGAAGCUGAUAAAGUGAUUAAAAUUGCUGCUGGAGAAAACUCAAGUGCUGCAUUAACAUCUUCAGGCAAAAUCUAUGCGUGGGGAAAUAACGAAAAUUAUGAAAUUGGGGUAGGAGACGAGGAAGAAUUUUUUGAAACAAUUUGUGCUAACACCCCGACUAUGCUUAAAAUUAGUGAACUGAAUGUGAUUAAAGAAAUGUGCUUACUCCCCCCCCCCCCCCUCCGUGAGCGAACAAAAAAAUUUUGUUCGCUCACGGAGGGGGGUUAAUUUUUUUUUUUAAAAAAAAAUUUAUAUAUAAAUUUAUAUAAAAAAUAUUUUUUUCGAAAUUUAAAAAAAUCCUAAUUUGCAAAAAUUGGGAAGCAAAUAUUAAUUUAAUUUGCAAAAUUUAUGUUUUAAAACGCAAUUUGUUUAAAAUUAAACAGAAUUAGCUCUAGAUUUCAUUAUACUAAUUAUCACUUAUAUAUCAAAAUUUUUUUUUUCCAUUAAAAUUUUUUCUAUUAAAAAAAAUUUUUGUUCACUCACGGAGGGUGGGUUUUUGGUCAAAAAAUGGCGAUUUUUCUAAUGGUUUUGUUCGCUCACGGAGGGGGGGGGGGGAGUUAGGGACCAAUACUAUGAUGCUAAAAAGUAAUAUUGGACAUAUCUAUGUUGUAGGGCUGAAGAUAUGGAGAUAUCCUAAGAAAUUUGAUGUCCCAGCAGAGUUGGAGGUGCAGCAGAUGUGCUGUGGGAUGGAUUAUUUUUCAGUGCUUUUUAAGGAAUCAAGGGUUAUGUAUUAUGGUGGGCCUUUUACGAAGAAUUAUUAUAGCACUCAGAUGGAAUAUCCGGAAAAGACAGAAAUCACGAAUCCGAGUUUUUUCCCAAGCCGUGUUCAAUAUAUGACAGGAAAAUAUAACUACUGUGCAGCUAUAUUAUAUCCAAUUAUAGAACAAUAA